AUGGCAGACGCUGUCCCAGCACAAGCUCCAGCCGCAACAGGCAGAUCAACAGGUGCAGCAACCGCCACAGCACCAGCAACAGCAGGCGCAUCAGGCACAACAACAAGCACACAAGCCUCCGGCACCAACAACCCAGCCACCGGCAACGCCAACACCAACUCAUCCACAACCACAACAGACCCAGACAGCAACCGAGGCCUCCCCUACUACGAAAAACUGCGCCGCGACCUCCGCGACGCCCUGCAAAAGAAACGCCUCAUGGACAAAAGCAUGGCCCAACUCGAAGACCAAAUCUUCCGUUUCGAGCAAUCCUACCUCGAAGAAACCACCGCCGGAAACAUCAUCAAGGGUUUCGACAACUAUAUCAAGGGGUCCGGGUCAAGCACGGGGCUCGGCGCAAGCGGGAUCGCGCUGGCGGGGGGCAUGGGCGGCGCGGCGCGUCGCAAGGCGCAGGUGACAGAUGCAGAUAGGGUGUUUUCGAGGAGUUCGGCGAGUUUCAUGCGGGAUUCUCCCGCGCCAUCAUCCGUGCAGACUACGCCUUCGCAUGCGCCGACGCCGACGUCGACGUAUAACGGGUCGAAUGGGAAGCCGAAUGGCGAGGGGACGUCGUCUGCUGCGGCGAGUGUGAAGGGGUCUUCGUCUUCAUCGUCGUCGUCGAAGAAUAAGAAGAAGGCGAACGGGGCCGGUAACAAGGACAAGGAUAAGGAUGAUGAGGGCGACGAGGGAGGGGAUAAGCCGCCUGCGAAGCGGUUGAAGAUUACUUAUGGGAGGGAUUAG